AUGGCUUCAGUAGAUGCUCUUCGCCAGGAUAAUAUCCUCGACCUUGCUGUGAGAGCUAUCCAGCCCGCAGGUGACAGACAGCCGAGUCUCAAAACACAAUAUGAAGCUGUGGCUCUGAUCGGCCAUGCAUGCAUGGUAGCAGUUGAUUUCAGACUAGUUGGCCUCAGUGAAGACCACAACCUAGAAACGUCUACAGAUACGCUCUCCCUCCCCGCAGAAUGGAACAAUAACGAUACAUUGGCCUUACGGUACGCACAUGCUCAGUCUUCAAAGCAGUAUCUACUCAAAGUGAGUCGACUGGGGAAUAACGCGGUGAUUUCUGCACUGGCAUUGGGCGAUGACCGGACCAGCUUGUUCGACAUUCCCGUCAAAGACUACAUCUCCACUUCUGCACUCCCACUACCUUUUUCAGAAGAUAUCACCGCCUCUCUGCGUGACAUUUUCACAUCACCGGCUCGACUGGGCGACUUGGUUGGUUUCUUCAAAAAGAAUGUCAUCGAGAAAAUCGCGCCUGGUUUGUACAGAGAGGGGUAUGAUAAUCAGAGCCAGCCAUCCAGAGCAAGGCCACAAGAAGAAAAACAACCGAAUAAUCCCCAGAAUGACUCUCUACCCGAGUCUGCUCGUCCACGCCCAUUGGAAGAUCCCUUAGCAGCAGCGCCCCGCCGCUCCAACCCACCAGACUUUGCGCCGCCCGGGUUCGAGGAUGAGUUUGAGAUCAACCGGCCCCCACGAGGAUAUCCAGGAGGACUCGGAGGCAGAAGCCCGUACAAUAUUGGAGAACGAGAUCUCUAUCCAGCAGGACUUGGUCCCAAUGAUCCUUUGCGCGGAUCUAUGGGCCCUGGCUUUGGUCCUGGUGGCGGGGGUAUGCAUCCUACUUUUGAUGACCCUAUCUUCGGAGGAAGAGGAGCUGGUAAUGGUAGAUAUGACCCCCGUGUACCUCCCGGUGCAAGAUAUGAUCCCGUAGGUCCUGGUGAGCCACCUGUUGGUCGCAAUCGAGGACCGUUUGGUAAUAAUGGACGAGGUGGGGGCGGAUUUGGUGGGUUUGGUGGUGGAUUUGCCGGGGACAUUAUUUAA